UAUGUGUUUCUCAAGUCUGGUAUUUACUGGUUUGAUUAUUUUGCCAUGAGCACAUGAGUUUUUUCAUGAAAUUUGAGCAGGAGGUUUAGGAUUAUUGGUUUUCAUAAUAAUAUGGAGCAACUGUGUUAUGUAAUCACUAUUAUUCCUUCAAACCUGCUUCAUUUUUACUAAAAAUCUUAUAAAGUGCUGGAUAUGCAAUCCCAAAAUGAACUGUUGAAAACGUUCCCAGAGGUAAAAGCACAUUUGUGUUUUGGGGCUGUAGGAUGAGUGGCUUUAUUUAGAGGUCUGUGAUGGCCUCAGGUUACACGGCUCAGACUCAUGACUAAACUGUGAUGCUAUUCAUUCUAGAGAGACGCUGAAAUGUUUUAGUUGCUCUCUGGGCCCCAAAAGAUGCUUCGCUUCUGAAUAAGAGAAAACUGCGUUUAGACUUGAAUUGAUGGAUUCAGCAUUUUGCCAGCAGUUUCUUGGUUUUGUAUUUUGAGGAUGGGUGCCGCCUUUAAGAGGUUCUGUGUGCGAUUCUGCUGUUGCUGCUGCUGUGAGGAUGAUGAUGAGGAAGAAAAGACACCUUUACUUAGUCACGACACAUUAGAAUAUUUCGACCGCGAGGCAAAAAGAAGGCGGGACCAAGAGACCAACCUGUGGAGUGAACCAGGAGACCCCUCCCACUCUGAGAGAGAUGACGACCGCACGCUCUACAACCUGCUGCAGACCAGAGCCCAAACCCAACGAGGCUCUCAUGGUUACCGGCGUUUGAGCAUCGACAUCGAGGCCAUGAGAGACAUGAGAAGAGAGGUGCGAGAUAAAUGGAAGAUGAUCUUAGAGAAUCUGGGGUUCAUGGCCGAAGCGGAGUCUCUGUUGACUGUGUCUGCCACCGCCUCAUAUGACCGCAUGAGAAACGCAGCGACCGCCCGCACCCUUCUACACACCCUCCACACCGAAACAUCCAUAUUCAACAGCAAAGAGCCUCCACCCGAGAGAUACCUCUUCAUCCUGGACCGGCUCAUUUAUCUGGACGCUGCUGAGGAUUUUGUGGCCAAGGCUCGUCGCUUCUACCCUCCCAAAGAUGACGAUGAUGAAGAAGAGAACCCCCUUGCAAUAAAUCUGCCUCUGUUGCUGUCUCGUAUGAAUCAGAACAUCUCUGGAGGAGAGGAUGAGGAUGAUGAUGAGGAUGACGCCACUGGACCAGAGGACUGACAUAAUCAGGUUUUGGAGGUAGAACCGCAUUUCCAGAAAAGUUGGGACAAUUGUGUAAAAUGCAAAAAAAAAAAAAAAAUCUUAAAUAAACUAAAUAACUGACAGAAGAAAAGAUUUCCAAAGUUUUCACUGACUUUUUUUUUUUUUUGAUGGCUGCAAAACACUCCAAAAAAAAUGGGACCAAAGUGAAAAGAUUAUAGAACAUCCAAGUUAAACUGUUUUGAAACAGUACACAGCUGAAUUGGUAAUAGGCAAGGGUAUCAUGAUUGGGUAUAAAAGGAGCAUCCACCAAAACAUGGGUCAUGAGAGAAUUUCAUGAGAGAAACAAUUGUCAAACAAUUCAAAAAUCACAUUUCUCUAUGCAAGAUUGCAACGAAUUUAGGUCUUUCACCAUUUACCAUACAUAAUAUUGUGAAAAGAUUAAGGGAAUCCAGAGAAAUCUCAGUCCGUGUAGGGCAAGGCAGGAGACCUCCGUUUAAUGUGCGUGAACCUUUGACCCCUCAGACGAUUUUACAUGAGAAACCAUCAUGCUGCUGUUAAAGGUGCUAAAGAGGAUCUUUUUGUCGACUGAGAAACCAAAGACUUUUAGUGAGUUUUUGAAAUGAGUGCAUGCGUAAGAACAGCCCCCCUCCUUCACAGCUCAUUUCGAGGGAACCUCUCCCAAAACUCGCACAGGGUUUACCACCGGCAUUUGCUGUGUCAUGUUAGUGGAUUGAUUAUGUCGGACUCACCGCAGGUAAUUCAUAAUCUGCAGUUGUUACUCCUGUCUCCUGGCAAAAACAUUGCAUGCGGCGCCUGUGGA